AUCUGUUAAACUGAAAACGAGAGUUAAUUUUCUUCCCAUAAAUACUGAUGCUUAGUGCUUUCUUACAAAUCGAGUCUAAAGCAACAACUCUUCUUGUUCUUGCUGAGCAAAAGAGGCAGAAAACAGAAAGCACUCUUUUGAUUGUUCCGUACAAUCGCCGCACCUGUUCUUCAAAUGGCUUGUUGUAGAUUUACCAAAGCCAAGAAGGUGACGGCAUUGAGCAUUGAUGGAGGCGGCAUCAGAGGCAUCAUUCCGGCCACCCUUCUCGCCUUUCUCGAGUCCAAGCUUCAGGAACUGGAUGGAGCCGAUGCGAGAAUCGCCGACUAUUUCGAUGUCAUUGCCGGGACGAGCACCGGCGGGCUGGUGACCACCAUGCUUACAGCUCCCGACAGGGACAACCGUCCGAUAUAUGCCGCCAAGGAUAUCAAAGCCUUCUACUUCGAGCAUUGCCCCAAGAUCUUUCCACAGGACAGUGUGUCGAGUAGCGGGCCAAAGUACGAUGGGAAGUAUUUGAGGUCACUAGUCCACAACCUACUUGGCAACAUCACCAUCAAACAAACCCUAACCGAUGCUGUUAUACCAACGUUUGACAUCAAAGAUCUGCAACCAGUCAUCUUCUCCAAUGCAGAUGGCAAAGAUAGUGUCUUUAAGAAUGCAUUGCUAUCCGACAUCUGCCUCGGUACAUCUGCCGCUCCUACGUAUUUACCGGCGCACUACUUCGAGACCAAGGAUGCUCAUGGAAAUACUCGGAGCUUUGAUCUCAUCGAUGGUGGCGUGGCUGCAAAUAAUCCUACUCUACUGGCGAUGACCCACAUUUCCAGGGAAAUCGCAAGGGGAAGGUUCAAGUUCGUGGACGUGAAGCCCAUGGAUUGCAACAACAUGCUGGUCUUGUCGCUGGGCACCGGAGGGGCCAAGAAAGAAGCCAAGUACAGCGCCCAGGAAGCCUCCAAAUGGAGCCUCGUCGACUGGAUCUACAAGAAUGGCUCCACGCCGUUGCUCGACGCCUACGGCGACGCCAGCUUCGACAUGGUGGACAUCCACGUUUCCACCCUCUUCCAAGCCCUCCGAGCCCACAAGAACUAUCUCCGCAUUCAGGAUGACACGUUGACGGGAGCUGCGUCUUCGGUGGAUAUUGCCACGGAGGAGAAUCUGCAGAAUCUUGCGGAGAUUGGGGGAGAGUUGUUGAAGAAGCCGGUGGCGAGGGUGAAUCUGGAGACGGGGAAUUUCGAGGCGGUAGAGGGGGAAGGGAGCAAUGAAGAAGCUCUUAGCCGCUUCGCGAAGCGUCUCUCCGAUGAAAGGAGGUUCCGGGAAGCUGCGACUUAGGAAUUGGAACUGAGAAUUGUUAGGAGUAGGCCGCCAUUGGAGUAUAAAUAAACACGGGCCAGCAAUUUUCUCUUCUUUCGAGUGUGGGGAAAGGACAUUGACGAUGUCGAUUGCUCCAACGCACCGUGCGAUGUAAUUGAGGUAUUCCAGGUCUCGUCUUCUUAAAUCUUUUAGUCCAUAUAGCCGAACACACUAACUUGGGAUUUUGUUCAAUUUUUACCGUAUGGUGUCCUAAAAUUUUAAUUUCUGAGUUGAUCGUUUUUU